UAUUUGCUGAGCGCUCUAGUCGACCUAUCACAGGUCCAUCGUUAUGACUGGGGUGGCGCCGGUCUGGCUACCCUUUAAUUUUAUAUGAGUGCGACCUCCCGCGGGCGGGGCGACUUACUUGGCGGCUAUUGGAGAGCCUGGGAGCUAUGGGUUUAUGUAUACUUCCCAUCAUUAGCCCCAGAGCUGGAGGUGGUAGGGAUUCCCGUGACCCCAUAUUCAUUGAUAUUCGAGGGCCCGCACCAGCCGAGGCCUCGAGAGACCCUCCUUCGCCUGCGACAGUAUUUCGACACGGUGCGACAUUCAGAGAUUACAUGGCAGCCCUGGGCGUCUCUGGGUGAUGGCCUCCGACUUCGGUACACCGGGGCAUCGUACAUCUCCCAGUAUAGGGUCCUGCUUGAAGGGCCGGUUAGCAGGGUAUGGUUCCUGGGGGAGCGCUUUCUGCGCCAGGUAUGGGGGUAUCUUUCUCAGGAUAUUUCCGUAGUACCCCCAGCCAGUAUGCGGACCGCUGACAGACUCUCUUACUCAGAGCCAUCGCGGGGGUACAUAAAGGAGGUAGUUGGGCUGGUGGCCACACUCGAAGGCAUGGUCCUGCGGAGGGAGGCACAGUUGUCUGUUGCUGGCAUUCAGACUAUUUGUGUAGAGUACAUCUGA